UUUUCAGAUGCUCCUUCUCUGGCUGCUCUUUGCAGCCUCAGAUGCCCAGGAGCUUUUGAGUAAUCCUAGAUGUAAUUUGCCGCUCGAUAGAGGGAGCUGUGAUCAAUUCACAGUACAAUGGUACUACGAUCGCUAUGAUCAUCGAUGUCGACGUUUCCACUACGGUGGCUGUGAGGGAAAUGAGAAUCGAUUCAACACUUUAGAAGAGUGUAAUGCUGCCUGCCAUUUUGAACCUACCUCAAACAGAGAGCGAUGCUUCCAACCACACGAUCCUGGUGAAUGCAAUAAUGAUUUUGAGAGGUGGUUUUUCGACGCGAACAAAAAGCAAUGCGUGUGCAGCUGGUGGACCGGUUGUGGUGGAAAUUCGAACCUCUUCUAUUCUUAUCCUCAUUGUAUGUACUAUUGUGGAGAGUUUGCAGAGCACGGACCAGGAAUGGAUGAAAAUUAUUGGGCCAGAAGAAAUAAGUCUAUAUUUCCACAUGCUUCACUUGCUGAAGUUGCUCUAGCGGGAUCCCACUUUCGAAUUCCACAACGACCUCAACAACGUUUUCAUAUUCGCAGAGAAAGGAGCCUUUCCGAUUGGUCGUUGCAAGAUAGUGAACGGGAAAAUUACGGUCUAGAGCAGCAGCUUCCUGAUCAGAGAUCGCAAAACUACGAACAAGCUUUGAGACGGACAAGAGAAGAAGAUUCCAGCGAAAGUUACCUACAAAGUUCUAUGAAUGGGGAUCAAGGAGAUUACCAACGAGCGCAAUUCCAGCAAGGUGCGCAAAGUGCAAGUGAACAACAGCUUGCAGCAUACCGACCCCCUGACUCCACUAAUGGCGAUCAACGAGCGCGGUACCAGCAGACAAAUGGGCAGCGCUCCUCGACCUACGCUUUUGCUGACAAGCAGCAAGCAAGUUAUCCUCAGAGCGUUGUGGACGGGCAGCCAAGCGGGGUUGGAGGGAGAGGUGGAGGAUAUCAACACGCUGCCCCCACUGAUGGCGAUCAACGAGCACGGUACCAGCAAACAAAUGGGCAGCGCUCCUCGACCUACGCCUUCGCUGACAAGCAGCAAGCAAGUUAUCCUCAGAGCGUUAUAGACGGGCAGCCAAGCGGGGUUGGAGGGAGAGGUGGAGGAUACCAACAUGCUGCCUCCGCUGAUGGAGAUCAACGCGCUUGGUACCAGCAAGCGAAUGGACAGCGGUCUUCAAGCUAUGCAUUUGCUGACAAACAGCAAGCAAGUUAUCCACAAAGUGUUGUGGACGGGCAGCCAAGCGGGAUUGGAGGGGGAGGUGGAGGAUAUCAACAUGCUGCUUCCUCGAACGGAGAUCGUCAAACACAUUAUCGACAGUCAGUGUCCUUGAACGGUGAUCACAGGACACAAUAUCAACAGAGUGCUACUCCAAAUGGUAGAACGACGGUGAUUACGAGGAAUGGUCCAGGAUAUACCGAUCAGCGUGUGGAGCAACAGCAAUGGUCACAAAAAGUCCAGCCCUCUUCAAGAUAUUCCGAAUUUCGAAGUUCGUCCUCCCGCACGUAUGCUGCACAAUCGCACUUCCAUUCUACCUCAGUACAAGGAGGAUAUCCACAACAAACGAGUAAUGGAUGGUACAGCCAGUUGCCUCGUGCUCGUGGUGACCGUAUUUAUCGAUUCGACUCAGGACCAGUGACUAGAAGGCAUGCAAAUGGCAUUACUACGAUGAAUCGUCAGACUAUACUCAUUGCUCAACAUAGGCAACCGCGCAUGAGAUUUGCACAGGAGCUCCCUGGUCUGGUAGAACUGACACACAUAAGUUCACCAGGAUUCCAUACAAUGGCUCCGCCGCUGCGCAAGAAGUUGAAAAAGUUAAAGAAGAAGAAGAUUCCUCCGCGACUGAUAAAUCCUAAACAAAGCAUGCAGAACCUCGAUUCAUCGUUCAAAAUGGAGCCUGCACCCAUACAGAACAGUCGCUCUGAGCAAAGCAUCACUCCUACAAGGAGGAGAAGUCAAAUUUCAAGAGAACGAACAAACCGGGGAGAAGAUCAUCGCAAUAUACCGCAACAGGACUCGCCUAGCAAUAGGCAAGAAGAAAAGAAACACAAUAAUUUCACAAUUAAAGAAAAUAUUGCUCCAACUUUGCCAGCUAUUGUGUUGCCUCCUGCAAUCCAGCCGACACCCUCCUUAGCGCCAACUCUGCCACCUAUUGUGUUGCCUCCUGCGCCAACGCUCCUCACACCAACUCUGCCACCUAUUGUGCUGCCUCCUGCAACCCAGCCAACACUCUCAUUAACGCUUCCGCUGCUCACACCAAAUACUCCGUCUACUACAGUAACGACUCCAGAACCUCCAUCUCUACCGCCUACACCAAGACAAGCAGAAGUGCGCAAUAUGGUCAUCGACGCUGGAGUACUAUUUAAGACUAGUCCACGUCCAACAACUCGAGUGGAAGCGGAGCCGAUUGAACUAAUUCGGCCAGUUGUCACAUCAGUGCCUGCAAAGAAAGUGAAUUUUGACGAAGUUCUCGCGAUGGAUGCGGAGUAUUAUGAUGAAUACGAGGAGCCGAUAGACGAACCGGUGAAUUCCUCAGAGCCAAACACCGAAAUUUUGACCACUAAGGCAUUUGGAAGAACUACAACACCAGCAUCCGCUGUACGCUCAACCAAAUCAACAAUUCCACCAAUAGUAGUACCCCCACCAGACAAUGCUAGAAUUGAUGAUCGAAGUGCUAAUCUCAUACCAGAAAGGCGCAAAGGAGCUGAAAAUCAGCUAGUAAACCUUGUUCCUCCAACAACAUUCGAGCACAAGCAAGCAGUGCCAGCGCAAUCCAUAGAGUGGACUCCCAUCGUUUUCCCUGUAGAUCAUCAAACAUCAACAACACAUUCAACUGCUACAGAAGACUACCCCGAAAACGUUGAAUUUGACAUCCAGACUGUGGGGAUCGAAGGAUGACUGAGAUACUUCCGUCAAGCAAGAAAGACUUCAACUGCAUCUUGAAUAAGCCAUGAUAAAAUGUACUUUGAGCUGUCGGGUAAUGUAGCUGAACCGUAAGCCCUUCCUCAUUUGCUCAACCACUGGAAGAAUUCAACGCAAUAAAAUUUACGUUUA